AUGAAGAAAGGGGCGAGGAUGCUGCCGCCGCCGUCACCACCGUUGCCGGUGCUGCUGCUGCUGCUGGAGCGGACUGCGAUAACCAGUCCUUUGUGCUUCGAAUCAAGCUGUGGAAGAAUGGCUGUCAGAGCGGAAUUCAACUCCGACGAAGGCGGGCUGUGGUGCGGCUUGCUGCUCCGCUUGGUGGCGCGAUCUUCUCCCCUCACAGCGUCCCGUGAUUAUCGGUUUGGCGCAAUCUCGUCAUUUGACUCUUGGUCGUCGCUGUCGCCGUCAUCGUCCUUGUUCACUCCCACGUCUUCUUCAUCUCCCGGUUCUUCGCACGUCCAGAGCUCCGCCAACUCCCUCGUCCUGCGCCUCUCCAUCGUCAGCGCGGGGCUGGAAACGCCAUCUCCUCACACGUACCAAGACCCUUUCGACCGAAGUGCGUCCGAUCGAACCAUCGCGUUGCUUCCGUUGCAAUUCUCAUCCAAAGGCUUCACCCCGACCUCCUCUUCCAAAGGCGACUGA